AUGGUGCAAACUGAGGAUUGUAUUUUAAAAUAUGACCUAGAAUAUCAUGCUGCGCUUGAUUUCAUCGCGGGAACUAUGGUUGGUGAAAAUUGUCGACUUCUCAGAGUCUCAAGGAUUAUUGGGGAGCAUGAGAGAAAUAUGUUAUCUUUUGAUAUUCUCAAUACUGUGACCUGUUGGCGCAAACUAGCAUUACAACUUCGAAAUUCUUCUCAACAUCUUCUCCUCGCAAGAUCCACCAUUAGCCAACUUCAAACCAUGUUUCACUCAAUUUACCGUGACCUUCGGAUAUCCCAGUCCAAAACCCGUAUUCUACAAGCCAAGGUGGCAGGUAUGGCUAAUCCCCAUGGGCCUGUCGCCUCCUCAGGUUCAGCAAGCUUCCAUCUACACCAAGGAAUCAAGGAUACUGAAACAGAGGGUCAACACUUGACACACGCUGUAGACUAUCCGCAUCACAAAAAGAGACAGGACGACUUUGAGGUGCAUGCAAAUUGUCUCCUUAAGCAACCCUCCUGUCAUGUCCUGGAGCAGCGCCGAGUACAAUCCAAUUCAGCAAUAGAGAAGCGUAUCCAAGACAACAAUCAAUUUGAGGACCCUGAAAUCAAACAGUCGGGGAGGGUGGAAAAUUCUCAUAGUGGCUUUUACCCAAGACUUUUGAGACCUCCAGGUGAAAGUUGUGCAGUUCAACAGGAAUCGACCGAUGAUAUGGAACCCCAAGAUAGCGUUCCGCUACAAUCGCGCAUUGUAAUCGCAACACCAGGAGCAGUAAGGGCUGGUAUUGUAUGCGGAAUCGACUCAGUAGCGUUGGGCAAUAAAUCAUCGUUUUCAGUUACCCCAUUCUUAGGUCGAAGUGACAGCCAUGGCAAGAUUCCAUCUCUCACAUCGGAUGACUCAGCGGAUAGCUCUACAUCACAACCUCCUGGUAUAUGGAUGAGAAAACCAACUUUCCGAGCUACCGAUAUUAAUUCAAGGUCUGACGUCCAUGUUGGAAGCUCAGCUUAUAGCGGCCGAACUGGACAAAUUGGGGAGCGGAACAUUACAGGCAAACGCGACGAGACACUACUUAGUAGCCAGAAGACGCAAAGAACGAGGGUAUCAAGGCUGGAACCAAUAAAUGGUGGACAAUUAUGCGACGGUUUUAACCAAGGUGGAAUCAUUGUGAAAAAGCAGCGAGUGUUUAAACUCAAGCGUGGUACUAAUUUGGUAGAUCCUGGCGUUGAUGGAAUUGGGGACACCGCGCAACCACAAUAUGCAGCGGAUCGGAGAGUGGCUCCAGUACAAUUUUCUCCUUUAAAACGGGCUAGGCAUAAAUACAGGGAACAAUGA